UUCAUUCUUGAAAAGAAUCCCUAAAUUUUAGAGUGUUCAUUCAUUCAUACUAUAUCCGAGACCAGGUAAAUUACUUAUAUAAUUCAAUCUCAUUCACACCCUUAUUACUCUCUUGCUUUUUCUUUAUCAAUCUUUGCAUCUUUAUAUAUACACAUACAUAAAUCUGUGUGUAUAUAUCUUCAAUUUGUGUUGCAAUUCUUUAGGGUAUUUAGAUUUAGGUUCAUAAAGUUUAAAUCUUUUGGUUUCUUGAUCAGUUUGUAGUUGCUGAUUGUUCAAGAAUUCAAUUUGGGCUGUUUUAUAGUUCUUUACAUUUAGGGUUUGAUAUUUGUUUGGAUUUAUAUAAAAGGGGUGUGAUUGAGCUGUUUUAUAUAUUGUAGUUGUUGUCUUUUUUGUAAAUCUUGAGUUUUAGGGCUCCAAGUUUGGAUUUUUCGAAGGCCCGUUUAUUUUUUAUGGCCUAUGAAUGCCAAGAAAAUUUAAAGAUUGAAUUGGUAGAGGAUUCAGGGGAUAUUUCGAAAGUUCGUGAUAGGGACAUUGUUGAUUUCAAGUUGGUUGAUGUUUUGGGUCGUGAAAAGAAUUUGGUAGGGAAUUUGGAGUUGGAGAUUGAGCGUUCUGAGAGAAUUGUAUGUGGUAAAGGAAUUGUUGUUGGGAAAUCGUUAUUGGGGAAAUCUAAAUUGAUAAAUGAGGCAGUGGCUAAUUCAUGUCGGUCAAUUACUGACCUUCCUCCGGCAUUAGUAUCUGAGAUACUGAAUUGCCUUGACCCGAAGGAGCUUGGUAUUGUUUCUUGUGUCUCGACGUCUUUGUGUAAGGUUGCAGCAGAGCAUCAUGUUUGGAAAGAGUUUUACUGUGAAAGAUGGGGACUACCGGUUGCCCCGGCCGCUUUGGGUUCUGAUUAUUCUGAUGAGAAGUCGUGGAAGGAAUUGUUUGUAGAGAGAGAGUAUAGGAGUAAAACAUUUUUGGGAAGGUAUAGUAUUGAUUGCCUUUAUGGCCACAGAGAACCUGUUCGUGCUGUGUUUGUUUUGAAUUCCAAGAAGCUCAUAUUUACUUCUGGUUAUGAUUCGAUUGUUCGAAUGUGGGACUUGGAAGAAGGUACGGCCAUAUCAGCUUCCAGAGCACUUGGUUGUACAAUUCGAGCUGUUGCGGCGGAUACUAAACUGUUGAUUGCUGGAGGUACCGAUGGUUUUGUACAUGGUUGGAGGGCAGAGGAAGGACACCCUCAUUUGUUUGAUUUUAGUGGUCCUCAAAAUCAAAAUACAGAAUUUCGACUUUGGGAACAUGAAGGGCCUAUCACAUGUCUUCAACUCGAUUUUACUAGGAUCUUCAGUGGUUCAUGGGACAUGACUGUUCGUGUUUGGGACCGUUCAUCUUUGAAGUGUUUGACAGUCUUGAGGCACAAUGACUGGGUCUGGAGCCUUGCCCCUCAUGUGACGACAUUAGCAAGCACAUCGGGUUCAGAUCUAUAUGUUUGGGACAUUGAUAGUGGGACUCCUGUUGUCGUCGUUAAUGAUGCCCAUGUAGGUAACACUUAUGCAUUGGCUCGAAGCCAUACUGGGAAGCUGCUGUUUACCGGAGGAGAAGAUGGAGUGAUCAAAAUGUAUGAAAUUACUAGCCAAUUGUGUAACAAUGUUCGACAGGUUGCGAAAUGGAAUCCUCACACUGGACCAGUUUAUUCUCUCGCAUUUGAGUUCCCAUGGCUUGUCUCAGCUUCAAGUGAUGGAAAACUUUCACUCAUUGAUAUCAGAAAGCUUUUGAAGAAAAGUAAGAAUUAUUCAUCAGGAAGUAUUUCAAGGUUAAACCAUGAAAACAAAAAGUUUGUGGAACCGCCACAGAGGAUGUUACAUGGUUUCGGUUGCAAUUUAUUUUCUGUGGAUAUUGGUUCUGAUCGUAUAGUUUGUGGUGGUGAAGAAGGAGUUGUUAGGAUCUGGAACUUCUCGCAAGCACUGGAGACUGAACAGAGAGUCCGUGCUCUAAAAGGAAUACGUCUAGAAAACCGAAUGAGGCGGCGUAAACUCCAAACUGAGAUGAAUGGUAAAGGUGCAAAGAAGAAUCAGAUGGGUGGUGAUAGGAAUGGUGUAGGGAUCAAACGUGGGGUGAGUGGAAAACUGAAGGCUUAACUUCAAUUUCUUUGGUCAUCUCUUCAUUCUGGGUUAGCUGGAAGCUGAAGUUAAUUGCUGAUCACAGUCCCUUAUUUUCGCUAGGUGAAACAAUAAAGAUGUAUCAGAGGAUCCGACUUGGCUAAUUCUGAUGUACUUUAUAUUGACGAUAAUCUUACAUUGUUUCUACCAUGUCUAAUGCUUUAAAAAUGUUGGUUUAAGUUCUCCUAGACUUGAUUUAUGUCAGUCAUGAGCUGAUAAUUUAUUUUACAGCUGUAGAUUUAGUACUGGUGAUUUUCAGUUGCAGUGUAUGCUCUUUUCAUGGUCA